GUCAGUUUCAUACAAUUAAACCGUGUUUAGUGCUCAUUUUUUUCAAAAAAACUAAACAAAUGUUAGCAGCAAUGAAAUGUUCCAGAAAUCAAUGUAUUUAAAAUUUAGAGUCGCGAUUCGUUCGAGCUGAAAAUUUAUGCCCUUCGCGCAUUCGUGUGCAGCUUCAGCCAGCUCGCCAAAUGUCAACACAGUCCAAAGCUUUUGCAAAGUUCUGUUCCUUCUUGUUAGAGACAGUUUGUUAAAAUGGGGCGAUCGCGUUCGCGGAGUCGUUCCCCGCGAAAGCACCACAAAAGCAAGCACCACAAACGCAGCAAAUCGCGGGAACGGUCGGAACGACGCUCCACAUCGCACAGCAAGACUUACAAAAAUGUGGAAAAAGUCAAAGAAAAAAGCUCAAAAUCGAGGAAACGCUCCAAUUCGGUGUCGUCCACUUCGAGCAGCGACGCUUCCGUGGACUUGAGGAGCGAGAAGCACUUGAGGAAGAAGAGCCGCUUGAGGAAGAUGGACGAGGUGGAGCGGUUGGCGGAGAUGGAGCGCCAGAGGCGGCAGCGGGAGGCCGAGCAACGGCUGAUUGAGGAGGAGACGGCGAAGAGGAUUGAGGAGUUGGUGAAGAAGCGGGUGGAGGAGGAGUUGGAGAAGAGGAAGGAUGAGAUUGAGAAGGAGGUGACGAAGCGGGUGGAGGAGGCCAAGAGGAUCAUGGAGAAGCAGAUGAUGGAGGACUUGGAGAGGCGAAGAGAGAAGCAGAGAGAAGAAGAGAAGCGCAGAGAGGAAGAAGAACAGCGAAAGCAAGAAAUGGUCGAAAGGAUCUUGGAAGAAAAUCAGAGGAAGAUUGAAGAAGCGCAACGAAAAUUGGCUGAAGAAAGGUUAGCCAUGGUCGAAGAACAGAGAAAAAUGGACGAAGAGAGGCAACGGCUGCGGAAGGAACAGGAAAAAAGAGUGAAAGAGGAACAGAAAAAAAUUUUGGGCAAAAAUAAUUCAAGACCGAAAUUGUCCUUCUCGCUCAAGCCGGUUCUAUAGUAGUGAGUGCAGUGUGAGUGACUCGUUUUUAAGUGGAUCGCGGACUUUUUUAUAUGUACAUAAUUUUCCCAAUUACAAUUACGCAAUGCGUUCUAAAACACAUUGUAUUUAUUUUAUUUUUUCUAUUAAUAAAUCUGAUUCAGGACUCAA